AUGGACAUGAGCAGUAUGGGCGGUAUGUCCAUGGGCAUGAACAUGUUCCAGUCAACCAACAUGGAGCUGGCUCGUGACUUUUGGAUCAUUAUCGCAGGUGUGCUUGGCAGCAUCGCCAUCUUGCGGGCUCUCAACCUGUAUCAGUCGCACGAAAGAAUCCGUCGUAGCGCGACUGCUUCCGUCAAGCACCCUACUCGACCAAGCAACGGCUUCCAGCGGAUGUUUGCGACGUCGACAGCGAUUUUACGGGAGAUGAGCUAUCCGCAACUGCAACUACGCGCGGCGUGGAUUUCCUGGAUAAGCCCACCACCGCUGGGACGGUCUCUUGUCCUCCUGGUCUAUUGGGCUGUUAUUGCGUACAUGAUGGCAUCCGAGACUAGUGUCAAAGACGCAUACUUCUGGGAGCGUAUUGGCUUCCGUAACGCCUGGAUUACCACCAUGCAAGUGCCACUGGUAUAUCUACUCGCUUCCAAGUUCAGCAUACUGGGCCUCAUUGUUGGCGCAGGCCACGAGCGCCUCAACUGGCUUCACCGUUGGGUAGCCCGCACCAUGCUGGUCACAGCUACAGUACACGGCUUCUACUUCUAUACCGAAUGGGUGCAAGCCGACUUGGUCGAGAUGCAGAUGAGCAUGCCGAUGAUCCGCUACGGCUUCGCGGCCUGGGCUGUCCUCCUCUGGUCAUUUCUCAUCUCGCUAGGCCCGCUCCGCAACAUCUCCUACGAGUUCUUCGUCGCCCAGCAUGUCAUCAGUGCCAUCGUAUUUCUGUGGCUGGUCUAUGUCCACGUACCUGCCUACGCGCAGUCUGUUGUCUGGAUUUCCGUCGCCGCUCUCGCUUCGGAUCGCCUGGGCAGGACAAUGCAGCUGAUUCGCAACAACUUCAAGCUCAAGACGGGCGUGGGCCGACGACUUGGCCACCCUGCCAGUGUUCGGGCGCUUGGAUUGCAGACGACGGUGCUCACGAUCGAAAACGUGGGCUUCAACUGGCGUGCCGGUCAGCAUAUCUACCUCUGGCUGCCUGGGGUUGGGCCGACGCAAACCCAUCCGUACACGGUUGCCGGCAUUCGAGACACCGACAACUCUGGCAAAAGCUGUCGUAUCAACCUAGUCGUUAGAAAGCACUCCGGCUUCUCCCGCCGACUCCAUCGCUAUGCCUCACAAGCAGGCAACGAGUCCAAGACGUUGACAGCAUUCGUCAUGGGCCCAUACGGACACCCUCCAGCAUGUAAUCACUAUGAGACCCUUGUGCUCAUCGCAGCUUCUACCGGCGCUUCUUACACACUGUCGCUUCUUGAGGGCGUCGUCGCAUCGAGUAAAGCGAGUUGUGUCACGCGGAUUGACUUUCUCUUGAUGGCAAAGCAUUCCGACGAGAUCGAGUUUUACUUCGAGCGGCUUCGCGCACUGAUUGCGCAGGUAGAACAGAAGAAACUCGGGUUAGAAUUGUCAGUACAAAUCGCGGUGACUGGCGAUCCGGGUAUAGCCACGCCGGCUGCACUUGCCCGAUCCAUGAACGUCAAGCGUGCGUCUGUUGCAUCCGCAGAGAGUUACGUCGAUGACGGUCUCUCAGAGAAGAAUCGAUUCGACGUCGACGUUGAGGCUAGCGGCGCCAACCCAGCAGCGAACCGGCGGGAGGGUAACGGUGACGCCGAGAUUCAGUUUCUAACCACUCGUCCGGAUGUUGAGGAGUUCAUUCGAAGCCCCGUGGAAGCCGCUGGCGGCGAAUCCUUGGUGGUUGUUUGCGGAGGCUCGCCACUCGUGGCGACGGUCAGGAACUUCGUGAGUCGUCUGUCCGACGAGAGAGCCGUACACAAGGGCACAGGCGCGCAGGGGAUUUGUCUACACGCGGAACAGUACGGCUUCUAG